AUGGCGUUCACUGUCGGGGUUCGAAGACACCGGGGGGCACAAUAUGCCAGCAGCACCAGAGCCCCUCCCCCUGGUGAUACGCCGGCCCUCUGGUCAGAAAACCCCUCCCAGCCCAAGUCCUGCCCCCAGACUGGCACUAUCUCCUGGCAGGCCGAGAUCCAUGCUGCUCGUAACUCCCAGGGCGACGUCUCCCAGAGCAUGAGCGCCCGCAACUCUGUCCCUGGGGCCACACCUGCACCGGUAGGCUCGUUGUCACAGAGGAAGAGGCAACAGUACGCCAAGAGCAAGAAGCAGGGCGGCUCCACCAACAGCAGGCCGCCCAGGGCCCUGUUCUGCCUCACCCUCAACAAUCCCAUCCGCAGAGCCUGCAUCAGCCUCGUGGAGUGGAAACCCUUUGAUAUCUUUAUACUGCUCUCUAUUUUUGCCAACUGUGUGGCCUUAGCUGUUUACAUCCCCUUCCCUGAGGACGACUCCAACUCCACCAACCACGACCUGGAAACAGUAGAAUAUGCCUUCCUGAUCAUCUUUACGAUAGAGACCUUUCUGAAGAUCAUAGCGUAUGGUUUAGUCAUGCAUCAGAACUCCUACGUAAGGAACGGCUGGAACAUGCUAGAUUUUGUCAUUGUUAUAGUAGGGUUGUUCAGUGUAGUUCUGGAGGUGAUAACCAAAGAGGGUGAUGCGGGGGCUCAGGGGGGUAAACCAGGAGGCUUUGACGUCAAGGCCCUCCGAGCAUUCCGUGUGCUCCGCCCCCUCCGUCUUGUCUCAGGAGUACCCAGUUUACAGGUAGUGUUGAACGCCAUCAUUAAAGCCAUGGUUCCUCUGCUCCACAUCGCUCUGCUAGUCCUCUUCGUCAUCAUCAUCUAUGCCAUCAUCGGCUUGGAACUCUUCAUCGGCAAGAUGCACGCCACCUGCUACCUGGCGGGCACCGGCAUUCUGGCAGAGGAGGAGCCUGUUCCGUGUGCAAUGUCAGGCCAUGGGCGCCAGUGCAUGAUGAAUGGGACUGUGUGUAGAGAGGGAUGGCAUGGCCCCAACGGUGGCAUCACCAACUUUGACAACUUCCUGUUUGCCAUGCUUACUGUUUUCCAGUGUAUCACCAUGGAGGGCUGGACUGAUGUUCUCUACUGGAUGAAUGAUGCCAUGGGCUUUGAGCUACCCUGGGUCUACUUCGUCAGUCUGGUCAUCUUCGGCUCCUUCUUCGUUCUCAACCUGGUUCUGGGAGUGUUGAGCGGAGAGUUUUCCAAGGAGAGAGAGAAGGCCAAGGCUCGUGGAGACUUCCAGAAGCUGAGAGAGAAGCAGCAGCUGGAGGAGGAUCUGAAGGGCUACCUGGACUGGAUCACUCAGGCCGAGGACAUCGACCCUGAGAAUGACGAGGAGGGGGACGAGGAGGGGGUCAAACGCAACCGCGUGACACUGGCUGACCUAACGGAGAAGAAGAAAGGGAAGUUUGGCUGGUUCAGCCAGUCCACAGAGACACAGGCAAGCAAGCCCGCCAGCGAGACAGAGUCUGUGAACACUGACAACCCCAAUGGAGAGGACGAUAAGGCUAACUGCUGUGGACCACUCUGUCAAAAAAUGAUAAAAUCAAAGUACAGUCGGCGAUGGCGUCGCUGGAACCGGUUCUGCCGCAGGAAGUGUCGUGUUGCCGUGAAGUCAGUGUCUUUCUAUUGGCUGGUGAUCAUCCUGGUGUUUCUCAACACGCUCACCAUCUCCUCAGAGCACUACAACCAGCCUAACUGGCUCACGGAAGUCCAGGAUGUGGCCAACAAGGUUCUGCUGGCUCUGUUUACGUGUGAGAUGCUGGUGAAGAUGUAUAGUCUGGGCCUCCAGGCCUACUUCGUGUCUCUGUUCAACCGCUUCGACUGCUUCGUGGUGUGUGGCGGCAUCGUGGAGACCAUCCUGGUGGAGCUGGCCAUCAUGUCUCCCCUGGGCAUCUCUGUGUUCCGUUGUGUCCGUCUGCUACGCAUCUUCAAGGUCACACGCCACUGGGCAUCUCUCAGUAACCUGGUGGCAUCGCUGCUCAACUCCAUGAAGUCCAUCGCCUCCCUCCUGCUCCUGCUCUUCCUCUUCAUCAUCAUCUUCUCUCUGUUGGGCAUGCAGCUCUUCGGAGGCAAGUUCAACUUCGAUGAGACGAUAACUAAGAGGAGCACCUUCGACAACUUCCCCCAGGCACUACUCACAGUGUUUCAGAUCCUGACAGGCGAGGAUUGGAAUGCUGUGAUGUAUGACGGCAUCAUGGCGUACGGUGGACCCUUCUCCUCAGGCAUGGUCGUCUGCAUCUACUUCAUAAUCCUCUUUGUCUGUGGAAACUACAUCCUGCUGAACGUCUUCUUGGCCAUCGCCGUUGACAACCUGGCAGAUGCAGAGAGCCUGAACACAGCCCAGAAGGAGGAAGAGGAGGAGAAGGAGAGGAAGAAAAGUGCCAGAGAUGACACUGAUAAGAUGGAGGAGCUGAAACCUGAGGGCCAGGAUGGGGAUCUCAAGGUUCCACUGGAGGAGGAAGAGGAGAAGGAGCCGUAUCCCACUCCAGACACUCCAGUUGGUGAUGAUGACAAUGAUAAUGAUAAUCUGCCAGAGGUUCCAGUUGGGCCACGCCCUCAAAGGCUGUCAGACCUCAGCAUCAAGGAGAAGACUCCGCCCAUCCCUGAGGGCAGUGCAUUCUUCAUCUUCAGCAACACUAACCCGGUUCGUGUGGCCUGCCACAAGCUGAUCAACCACCACAUCUUCACCAACCUCAUCCUGGUCUUCAUCAUGCUGAGCUCUGUGUCUCUGGCUGCUGAGGACCCCAUACGGAACUUCUCUGCACGCAACAUCAUACUUGGUUAUUUUGACUAUGCUUUCACAGCAAUCUUUACUGUUGAGAUCCUAUUGAAGAUGACAGCUUUUGGGGCUUUCCUCCAUAAAGGAGCCUUCUGCAGGAACUACUUCAACCUGCUGGACCUACUGGUGGUUGGAGUCUCUCUGGUGUCCUUUGGCAUUCAGUCAUCUGCCAUCUCUGUGGUGAAGAUCUUGCGUGUGUUGAGGGUGUUGCGACCCCUGAGGGCCAUCAACAGAGCCAAGGGCCUCAAGCAUGUGGUCCAGUGUGUAUUUGUGGCCAUCAGGACCAUUGGCAACAUCAUGAUCGUCACCACGCUGUUACAGUUCAUGUUCGCCUGCAUAGGAGUGCAGCUAUUCAAGGGCAAGUUCUAUCGCUGCACAGACGAGGCCAAGUCCAGCCCAGAGGAAUGCAAAGGCACAUACAUCCUGUAUAAGGAUGGAGACACAGCGUUGCCUGCAGUUAGGGAGAGGAUCUGGUACAACAGUGACUUCAACUUUGACAACGUCCUCAUGGCCAUGAUGGCUCUGUUCACCGUCUCUACAUUUGAAGGCUGGCCUGCUCUGCUCUACAAGGCCAUCGACUCCAACAGAGAGAAUAUGGGUCCCAUCUACAACUACCGCGUGGAGAUCUCCAUCUUCUUCAUCAUCUACAUCAUCAUCAUCGCCUUCUUCAUGAUGAACAUCUUUGUCGGUUUCGUCAUCGUCACCUUCCAGGAGCAGGGAGAGAAAGAGUACAAGAACUGUGAGCUGGACAAGAACCAGCGUCAGUGUGUGGAGUAUGCUCUGAAGGCUCGUCCACUGAGAAGGUACAUCCCUAAGAACCCCUACCAGUAUAAGUUCUGGUAUGUGGUCAACUCCACAGGCUUUGAGUACGUCAUGUUCGUCCUCAUCAUCCUCAACACACUGUGUCUGGCCAUCCAGCACUAUGGCCAGUCUCACCUGUUCAACUAUGCCAUGGACAUCCUCAACAUGGUCUUCACUGGCGUCUUCACUGUGGAGAUGAUCUUUAAACUCAUCGCCUUCAAACCCAGGGGGUAUUUUGGGGAUGCCUGGAACGUCUUCGAUGCUCUGGUGGUGAUCGGCAGCGUAGUAGACAUCAUUCUCACUCAGGUAGAGUAUUAUAGUAGACCUGCCCUCAUCCCUGCCUCCAAUCUUCAUCCCUUGCUUUCUUCCCACUCUUCCUCAUCGUCAUCGUCAUCUCCGCACAGAGCUGUUUAUGUUAACACUGAGGACAGCGCUCGCAUCUCCAUCACAUUCUUCCGUCUGUUUCGAGUCAUGCGAUUGGUCAAGCUGCUCAGCAGAGGGGAGGGCAUCCGAACGCUCCUGUGGACCUUCAUUAAGUCCUUCCAGGCUCUUCCCUAUGUUGCCCUUCUGAUAGCCAUGUUAUUCUUCAUCUAUGCUGUUAUUGGAAUGCAGGUGUUUGGAAAGAUUGCCUUGGUAGACCACACACAGAUUAACCGAAACAACAACUUCCAGACCUUUCCUCAAGCUGUCCUGAUGCUCUUCAGGUGUGCUACAGGUGAGGCGUGGCAGGAGAUCAUGCUGGCAUGUCUGCCAGGGAAGCUGUGUGACUCGGAGUCAGACUACAACCCUGGAGAGGAGAAAACAUGUGGCAGCGGAUUCGCCAUUAUCUACUUCAUCAGCUUCUACAUGCUCUGCGCCUUCCUGAUCAUCAACUUGUUUGUUGCUGUCAUCAUGGAUAACUUUGACUAUCUGACGCGUGAUUGGUCCAUUCUGGGCCCUCACCACCUGGAUGAGUUUAAAAGGAUCUGGUCUGAGUACGACCCUGAGGCCAAGGGCAGGAUAAAGCAUCUGGAUGUGGUGACCUUGCUGAGACGCAUCCAGCCUCCUCUAGGCUUCGGCAAGCUGUGUCCACACAGAGUGGCCUGCAAGAGACUGGUUGCCAUGAACAUGCCCCUGAACAGUGAUGGCACAGUCAUGUUCAAUGCCACUCUGUUUGCCUUGGUGAGGACCGCUCUGAAGAUCAAAACUGAAGGCAACUUGGAACAGGCCAAUGAGGAGUUGCGAGCGGUCAUCAAGAAGAUCUGGAAGAGGACCAGCAUGAAGCUGCUGGACCAAGUGGUGCCCCCUGCAGGCGAUGACGAGGUAACCGUGGGGAAGUUCUAUGCCACCUUCCUGAUACAGGACUACUUCAGGAAAUUCAAGAAACGCAAAGAGCAAGGCCUGGUGGGAAGACACUCAUUCUCCAGCCUGAACUCCACCAUCGCCCUCCAGGCUGGCCUCCGCACACUGCAUGAUAUUGGGCCCGAAAUUCGCCGAGUCAUAUCGUGUGACCUGCAAGACGAGGGCCUUGUAGACAUGAAUGCAGAAGAAGAUGACGAGGUGUCUAGGAGGAACGGCGUGCUGUUCGCCAACCACACCAAUCACGUUAACGGGGACCACCGGGGUUCUGUCACCCAGCGGCCCCUCCAGGUCCCGCCUCCUUCCUGCCACGCAUUCGUGGAGCCCUCUCAGGUUGGCUCUGAGGAAGGGGCUGGUGACCCCCACCCCUACAACCACUACUACCCCAAAUCCCCCAUGGCCUCCAACGCCAACCUCAACAACGCCAACAUCCCCACUGUGCCCUCCCUGACCAAAGGGGGGCAGAGGUGCUGCCUCCGCCGUGAGCACUCGUCUGCUAAUGGGGCACCCUCCUCCAGCUCGCAACGCAAGAGUGUUGACUUCGACACCCUCACCACGGUCCAGUCUGCAAGGUCAGAAUCAGGGGGUGUUCUGUACCCAACCAUCCGUAGAGAGAAGCCAGGGGGAGCAGACAGUGAUGAUGACAAGGGCUCAGGAGAAUACUUCAGUGGCGAGGAGUAUCAGGAGGAUGACCUCAUGUUGCACAAAGACAGGAUGCCCCAUAAGGAGUUUCAAGACCUUCAAACUGACUUGGACACAAAUGCAUCGAGGGGUUACCAUCAACCUGAUAGUCUCUAUGACGACGACCAGCAACCCAUUUACCAAGAUGGUGGGCGGUCGCCAAAGCGACGGUUGUUCCCCUCUACACCACAGGCACCCCACAGACCCUCCUUCAACUUUGAGUGUUUGCGGAGACAUAGCAGUCAGGAUGAUGACAUCCCCUUGACCCCUUCCGUUCCCCAUCGAACAGCUCUACCCCUGCAUCUGAUGCAGCAACAGGUGAUGGCAGUGGCUGGCCUGGACUCCAGCAGAGUCCAGCGUCUCUCUCCAUCACGCUCUCUACGUUCCUGGGCCACGCCCCCCACCUCCCCCAUUAGCAGGGACCACUCCCCCUACUACACCCCCCUCAUCCAGGUGGACUGGCGUGGUCCCGGCAGUGUGAGCAGCACCCCUGGCUCUGUGAGAAGAAGCUCCUGGUACACUGACGCCCCGGAAGCCCCUUUGAGCCUCACCUACUCCCCCUCACAGCUCCAGAUCCCCCCAGAGUACCGCAGGCAGUACCACCAGAAGAUAGGCAGUGCCAACAGCCUAGUAGAGGCCGUGUUGAUUUCAGAAGGACUGGGGAAAUACGCCAAGGACCCCAAAUUUGUGGCAGCGACGAAGCAUGAGAUCGCGGACGCCUGCGAGAUGACCAUUGAUGAGAUGGAGAGUGCCGCCAGCAACCUGCUGAAUGGCAGUAUGGGUAAUGGAGCGGGGGCAACCGGGGCCACGGACAAAGUGACGGCCACGAGCCUCAGGGACCGUAAUCUCCAUGACUACAGUGAUGAGGAGCCGGACACGAGUGUGAAAUGUGAAGAAGAUCUGACUGAUGAGAUGAUAUGCAUCAGCACCCUAUAG